AUGUCGCAGGCUAAGACUUCCCAGCCAAAUGAUCAGCUGGAACAUGUGGAGUCCAUCGAGGCCGAGCAGCCUGCAAAGGUGGCCGCUGCCUUGGGCGACACCGGUCCAAAAGAAGACCAGGCUCUUCAGCUGAUCGAAGAUGCUGGAGGCUCGACAAUCUUGACCCCGGAGAACAAUGCUCGGGUGCUUCGAAGGAUUGACCUGCGCCUGCUCCCCAUUCUCCUCUCUAUUUACUUCCUUCAACAACUCGACAAAUCCACUCUAUCUUAUGCCUCCGUCUUUGGCCUCGUUGACAAGGCUCAUCUGCAUGGGUCGAUGUACUCCUGGCUGGGCUCGGGGGUUUACGUAGCCCAGCUGGUCUUCCAGCCCCUGGUCUCUUACCUUUUGGUGAAAGUUCCCCUGGGGAAGUUUAUGGCAGCAUCCGCUCUUCUCUGGGGAAUUUCUCUAUCCUGCAUGACAGCAGCGAACACUUUUCCGGGAUUGAUGGUGUGCCGUUUGUUACUUGGUAUCUUCGAAGCUGGGAUUGCCCCAUCAUUCAUCGCGGUCACCCAGCUUUGGUAUCGUCGACGCGAACAGCCCAUCAGACUAGGCUCGUGGUAUGCAAUGAACGGAGUGGUCAACAUGUUUGGAAGUUUGUUCACUUUCGGAUUAGGUCACAUCCAUUCGUCCAUCUUCGAACCUUAUCAGAUCAUCUUUCUCUUCUUUGGUUUGGUCACCGUCGGAACAUCUGUCGCCGUCUUCCUGUUCAUGCCCGACUCGCCGGUGACUGCCAAGUUCCUUGAUGAAGAGGAUAAACUCGUGGCCAUCGAAAGACUGCGCAUGAACCAGCAGGGUAUCGAAAACCACGAAUGGAAAUGGGACCACGUGAAGGAAGCGUGUCUGGACCUGAAGUCCUGGCUGUGGUUUGCAUUGCUAGUUUCCAUCUCUAUCCCAAGCGGUGGUAUUACUACGUUUGGUCCUUUGAUCGUCAAAUCCUUUGGGUUCAGUGACUUGAAUACCAUUCUCCUCAACGUCCCCUUUGGCGCCGUCCAGCUCAUUGCCACAAUGGGCGGUGCCUGGUUGGCCACAGCCUGGAAGAUGAAGGGUCCUGUGCUGGCGCUGCUGUGCCUUCCACCGAUUGCAGGCUGUAUUAUGCUGCUGAAGAUCCCUCACGAUGCUUCCCACAAGGCACCUCUGCUCAUUGGAUAUUAUAUUAUCUCUGUCUACCCUGGCAUUACUCCAUUGAUUUACUCAUGGUCUGCCGGUAAUACUGCGGGAGAAACAAAGAAGAAGGUGACAACUGGUAUCCUGAUUGUUGGACAGUGUGUCGGUAAUAUUAUUGGACCGACUCUCUACACCACGGAGGAGGCGCCUCUGUAUCGCCGUGGCCUUACCUCAAACCUUGCACUAUUUUGCGUCUUGGUGGUUCUCAUUCUGUUGAACAUGGCAUAUCUCUCGUUCCUCAACAAGCAGCACUCGAAGCAACGUGUUGCCCUAGGAAAAAACACGGAGGUGGUUGACCACUCGAUGCAUGCCGUGGGAGCCAUCAUCGAAGACAAAGAAGGCGUCCCCGUGCAGCAGCUUGUCAGCGAUAACGCCUUUAAGGAUCUGACGGACAUGAAAAACGAAGAUUUUGUAUACGUAUACUAG